CUCUUUCGGGAGAGAGGAAUCAAGAUGUUAUAUACGAAAACGGUCUCGUUAACUAAAACCAGGGGACUCACCUGCUUGUUGGUCUGCACAAUAACUAUGCAACAUCUUAGCUCUUAAAACCAAACCUAGUUUUGUAUGCGUGAUAAGGUGGUGGAUUAUACACAUACAUUCAUAUAGCUUUUCGUUGCAUGGCACUUAGCUCUUCUUGGCUUGGUUUCGGUUGGCCAAACCAAUAACUGACAACUAUAACAGGCCUGUGUUGUUGAUGAUAUUGUUAUGUGCAUGCAAAGAGCUGAAACCUUUGCUAUAUGUACGACGAUACAAUAUGACAUUACCCACCAACCACCAUCCUCAUCCGAAUACAAUGGAUGGAUGCAAGACGAGUUCUUCUAAGAAGAACCUACAAAAGCAAAAAAAAAUCUUCCCGUAUGUAAGUAUCCAAUAAGUAAGCCCUCCUUCCAUUCUCGCUUCUUUUUAACCUAGGUUCCCUGAGGUAGAAUAUUUUUUACACGGACCCACGACUGCCUACCUACCUACCUACUUGCCCAUAGGAAUUGUGGUUUUCUAAUAUUCAUCAACCUCUUGUCCUCCUCUUCUUCGUCGUCGUCGUCGCAUGAGAUAUGCAGCUCGCGAGGCAUGGCAUACGGUGGCAGGUCCUGCACCGAUCGACUCCUCGCAAGCCUUUCACGCGUCGGAUACACAAGUUGACCACACUGAUUUGAAUCGGUUUGCUACGCUUCUUUGCCAUACUUUUGCGGCUUUGGGUGUCAUCAGCAGUGCGUUACAGGAUUGGUGGUCACAUUGAGAAAUGUGCGUUUCUCAAGCAGCAUGAAGUGCAGUGGAAAGUCGAGAUGGCAAUCUAAGGAUAAGUUGGAGCCUUCUAAAUCAAUAAAGAAAAUGAAAUUCAUACGUUAUUAGAAUUUCUGAUUCUGAAAAAAUGAACGCGUAUGCAUUUCAACCAAAGUGCUGCUGAAAGUGAAGAAGGGGUGAAAAUAAAAUCCCUCUAAAACUUUUAACGGUUGAAGGCUCCAUGUGCUACAAUAGGUUCCUGUGAAUGAACAAGUGCAAGUUGUUGUGCUCAAGGAAGGGGAACAACAAGUGUAAAGCCAGCGACACUUUUGUCCAUUAUUGAGACAUUUCUUCUGGCUCAUUAUUGUUAAAAAGGAAUGGAAUGCACUAGUAAUAAAUGCCUCAAACAAAGGGACCAUAAAGCCACCAUUGAUUUAAACAAUCUAAACGAAAUGUACUAUGCGAAAAAAGCAGAAUGACGAUGCACUCGGAGGAAAACCUUUUAGGAUCUAGCUUAUCAGGUGGAGAUAAAGGAUGCAACGACAAUUAACAAACAUUGUGCAUUAAAAAAGUAGUGAUAACGGAUAACAAGUCUGUCUGUCGUGUCGUGUUACUUAAAAAACGGUGCUUUCAAUAUUUAUUGAUUCCUCAUUUACAGUAAACUUACUUAGAAAUAACAUAGUUAUGUAUGGAAUCGUGAUCUGACACAGAAGUUCAUGAAAAAUCUCAAAGUAAUUCAGAUUAAUUAGCACACCAAAUAUCAAUUACUCGUCAUCAUCAUGAAAUCAAUAUUUUCAAAAACGGGGAAUAAAAAGGACGUUUCAGGUAAAUUGGAGCGUCGCACUACUUCCAAUCCUCCGAAUCAGGCCGUCGUGUCGCCCAGCACUGGACGCGUCAACUCCUUCAUCCCCACCCCUGCCACGUACAGCCACAGCAAUGGUCACAUGAAUGGUCAUCCUCCAGGAAAACAAUUGUCCCAACCUGCCUUAGCCCCCCAACAGCAACAGCAACAAAUGUCCCACAUCAUGUCCCAACAACAACAGCAACACCAUAAUCACUUCUACUCCAACAUUCCUCCUGGAAACCCGAAUGCUAAUAACAAUGCUAAUAAUGCUAAUAAUGGGGGCACUGUAUCUCGAAUGGAUCACCACUACACGACUUAUCAACAACAACAAUCAAUUCAUCAAAGUCACCAACAACAGAUCCACCAACGAACCCUCACCAAAUCGUACUCCUCUUCUCAACAUCAAAAUCACAAUCAUCAAUCUCAUUAUGGGAAUACAACAUUGUAUGCGAGUAAUAAUAGUGCCAGCCACGGCACUACCUUUUACGGAAACACGACUAAUUUAGCGAACGGUGCAAUUAUAAUGAACGGACAUCAUGGCAUUAGCGGAGGUGAGAGAUCCGACGCUAUGGGACAAGUUCAUAGCAGUAAUAAUAACAAUAAUAAUAACAUGCAAUCAUCGUCUUACAACCAUGAACAAGUUCAACAUCAUCAUCAUCAGCAACAACAACAAAUGCAAACACAACAGACAAUUCAAAAGAUGCAUGUUCAUCCUCAGCAAAGGGGGGUUCACCACCACAAACAACAGCCGCAGCUUAAUUUCCAGCAAAACAAUCACCUACACAAUAACAACAAUGUCAUCCCCCCACCGUCCAACGCUACGGACGGACUCCCACCCCCACUGGUCGACUCAAUGAGGACAUUAUUUGACAUCUUGGACGAUUCGAAGCAAGGGAAAAUCAGACUGAGUGAUAUUGAGACAAGAUGGGAAAGCGAUUCCAACAAUGGUGGUCCCAAUGGGAAAGCGACUGGUGCUGAACCUCUCAUAAAAAUGGGGGUUUUAGAAUAUCUUAGGAAAGUAACUCCGGGAGAUGGGAUGCUCACAUUUGAUCGAUUUUGCUCAGGCUUGCGACUCGCUCUUCUCACGAAUAAUGGUGAUCCAUUUGAUGAACAUGUGCCAAUAAUGCAAUCUGAAAAAGUUCAAGCUAAUCAUCCUCAGUCCCAACACUAUUUUCAAGAACAAGUAAGAAAUAUGACCAAUGUGUCCAAGCCAAUUCACAACAAUCAAGUUGGGCAACCACCCCCUCCACCUCCUGCUCAACUACAUCAACAGCAGCAGCAGUUAGUGUUUAGUGGAAAUCCAAUUAAUAAUAGCAAUAGUAAUGCCCCACUUAACAAAUCGACUUUAUCCGGGGCUGCCCCAGGCCAAAGUAAUACAAUCUCUAGACUUUCUAAAAUACCCAACUUUUCCUCAUCGCGACUUCCCAUGCCCAGUUCCGGAAUAGCACUUUCUCCAACAAAUCGCGCAAACACUAUUCCAAUGGUAAAUAACAAUAACAAUAAAGGUUCCCAUGUUCUGACCCAUCAUCAUCAUAGUCAUCAUAAUGGUAACAACGGUGGGACAUUGAUCAGCGGUACAAAACGAUUCCCAACUAACAACUCGGAACAGAAUACGACGAUCGCUUUGGUGCACCCACAGCCCCCACCGAAUCCGAAGCCAACGGGAAACGGGACUUCCAGUGGAAUGCCCAUGCCGACCUCCUCAUAUUCAACCAUUGGGGGUGGAACAAUGAAGGGAAAUAAAACCACUUCUGGUUUCUUGAAUCGCUUUUCAUCAAAGAACAGCAGUUUAGAUGACCUCCAAGUUCAUAAUGACGAGUCUAAUUCAUCUUCCGUUCAAAAAGAGCGUCCACCUUCCGCUCCAAUUUUGGAUAACGAUGACGAACCGCAGACAAGGCUUGCUCACGAGUCUCAUCAUCAUCAACUAACGAAACAAAAAAUUAGAGAACGAGCUAAGAGUCAAGAACGUGAUCGUGUGGUUAACAACAAUGCUAAUACUAAUAAUAGCAACCAUAUUAGUAGAGCGGAAGAAAAGUCGAAUUUUGUCAAAUCACGACAAAGGACACUUAGCAUGCCACAACUGCAACUUAACAAACUCAAACCUCAGCAAAGUGUCAAUUUUGAUGAAAGUUCGAGCAGUAUGGAUCCCUCUCCGGUAGAAAAUUAUCCUCGACCAAGCACGCUGAAGAAUCAUUCUUUAUCCAAACUUUUAGCCGGAGGUCACCAGUACGGUUCAUCUAUUCCUUCUCCUCUGUCUGCCACGACUAACACCUUGAAACAUCCCACCACCACUUCAUCCACCAAUAAAGCGGAUGAUAACAACAGGCAGCAUGAAAAGGAGCCGCAAGGCGACAAUCUUCCACCACCCCCACCGAAACCUCCAAGAAACACCAUGAGUGGACCUGUCACAAUUUCCACCACAUUAAUCAGCGGCCUUAACCAAGAUCCACCACUGAGUGGGAGCAGUUUUGGAAGUGGACAAAGCAGCAGUGCCACCACGAUAAGUGUCAGUGCAAGCAGCACCAGUGGAAACUUGUCUGCAAAACCAGAAAUUAGGAACGUUUUAAAUAGUUGGCAGAAAGGAUUGUCAGAUAAGAAACCGGUCAAACCGUCUCUUAGUUCUACAAGUAUUGGAACAAACAGUUCUGUCAAUACGGUAAAUACGAUUGAAACGAGCCAAAGCGUUCCGACUGCAACCAUUCUGCUCAAUGGAGUGACAAAAAUGUCGAAUGGUAGCACAACCAUCGACGAUGUCAAAUUGAGACAACCAACAAAAUCUAAUCUCAAGCGAAAGGAGACUUCUCGGCGACAUACCGUCCAGUCAGGCAUUGACUUUUCUACCCUGAAACGCUUGAAGCAGCUAGAGCAAGAAAGAGACGUGCUCCAACAAGGCAUCCAAUUUUUGGAAAAAGCAAGUGAAUGGUACAUGAAACAAUUGGAGACUUCGAACGAUAAAAUAACGCUGCUCGGAAAAGGGGCACCCACCUCCGAUUACUGGAGUGAGUCUCACGAAGAGAGAUUGAACCUCCUAGGUUGCCGUAUAACUGAGGUCAACUCGCUGCUGACUUCACUAAUGGACGGCAACUCUCAAUAUGAUCCUCUCCACAUGAAUUUACAAAUUCCAUCUCAUCUCAGCCUGAGGACAAUUACAAGGCUCAAGGAUCAAAAUCGUCAGCUAACCCAAGAAGUUAGCGACUACAGUCAUCGGGUCACACAACUAGAAAACGAAAAAGCAAUGUUGCUGCGACAGUUAUUUCACCAGAAGAAUAAUAACUCGGCGUCAGACGAAACUGUUUACAUGUAAAAGAUGAUCAUAAGAAAAAAAUACCCAGUGUAAGUAUAGUGGAUCGGAUAGAGUAUGGUCUUCUAUAAAAUGCAUAAAUCAUCAGCCAUAAUAUUGUAUUCAAUCAGUCAUUGACAAAUUUUAGCGAUAUGUAGGGUAUUUAAUUUUGCGAUUUUUGUAUAUUUAAGUAUGGUCACAAAUUUUAGAGGUCGGAGAAGGGCUUAAUUGUUACCUUAUAUAAUAUACAUAAAUGUUAUAUGUUAACAAAGACGAAACGCUUAAAUUAUGCCAUCUAUACAUAUAAAUUACUAUUUGUUACUCCAAAACUUAACCAAAUUAUAAACUAUUAUCAUAAUUUAUUAAAGUUUUAUCACAUAAGAUAAAAAUCGUCGUAUAAAAAAUGACUAUUUUAUUAAAUAAAUAUGUAUGACAUACCGUUUACAAAA